UCACAACUUAUGGCAUUAAUUCUACUAUAUUCCUCUUUUGUUGAUUUAAUUUAAUCCUUUCACCUAGGUUCUAGAGAGUACUCACUCUUCCACCACACAACUCUUAGCCCCAAACCCUCUCAAAAAAAAAAAACUCCUAACCCCAAACAAAGUUUUAUUAUAUUGGACUGAUUAAUUCUACUAUGUAGCUUGUUCGAAGUUUUAUUGUGAUGCAAUUUUGGGGAAGAUGAGGAUACUCUUCAAAAGCUCUACACGAAUGGAAUGGCUCCUGAAUUUAAGGGUAUAACUCAAAACGGAAAAUAAACUUGGGAAAACAAGAUGUUGUACAUCAUGGUUCUAAGAGUGGUCAAGGUAAUUUGUUGAUUACAAGAGCAACGACCAAAAGACCUUUUGACAAAUCGCAUGUGGCAUCUGAUGACACAACAUCUCACACUCGACAUCCUCAAAGUCCAAGGCAUGACAUUGUGUCAAAUCAAAAUUCUGAAUCUGUAUCAAUGGAGAGCCUGCAUGGUCAAACACCACAAUCAAAUGGGGUUGGAGGGCUAAAACAAAAGUAGGAGUGGUAAACAGAAAACACAAAAAAAAAAAGAGAGAGAAAAACAGAGUAUGGAAAAGAGAAAAAUGAUAAGAGAUGAGAGAUUAAGCUAAACAAUAGUUUGUCUCAUUUGGCUGCUGGGAAAUAUUCCCUUUCUUAAACAACCAUGUUACAGAUUCAUCUUCACGCCUUAUUAAAAGAGUACGUGGUCAAACAAUGGGAAAGAGAAUCAUGAAGGCAUGUGAUGCUUCUAAGACUAAAGUGAAGAUAAACGUUGAUCUGUCAAUUGGAAGACCUUAGAACGCAGAAGAGUCAGCCAAGCUUUCAAGUCAAAUCGGUAUAAUUACUCGCGAUGUGCUUCUUGUUCCUAGAAGGUGGAAAGAAGUAGAUGAAGAAAAUGGAUUGGCUCCUGGAUUUGAUCACAUGCAGUUGCAUAUGGAUGUCAAUAUUGAUGACGCGGGUGUCAAAGAAAGCUUGGUUGAAAGACUGAAAUGUAGUACGCGACAAAAGCGUUACAAGCUACAUCUUCAUUACAAGAAAUUUCAAACUCUGGAAUUGGCUAAAAGUAAUAAGCCAUCUUCUUAUCCAGACCAAAACAAUUGGGAGUUGUUGUGUGAUUACUUUGCAACAGAUAAAUUCAAGAAAUCAAGUAUUGCGAACACGGAAAAUAGGAAACUGGUGCGAGCGCCACAUAUUUCAAGCAGAAAAUCCUUCACUGUACGACGACUUGAAAUUGUGAGUUAAAUUUAUUAUCUUUACCCCGUUUGACUAUAUACGUUCACAAUUUGCUACUAGUGUUUUCCGGAUCAAUGUAUUCUCUUAUAUAAUUUAACAUACUCUUCUUUAAUUAAAUUUUUUAUCUAUGAUAAUCUAAAUGUUUUUAUCUAGUCUCAGAAGCAGCUAAAUGGUGAUUCUUGUGAUCGAAUUGAGUUGUAUAAACAAACUCAUUUUACUGAGAAAAAGGGUUGGUCAUCUAAGGUGGCAGAAGAAAAUUGGAGUUGAUGAAAAAGAAACAAGAACAAUAUAAAGAGGAAGGUUGUGAUAAGAGCACUGAUGAUAUAGUUCUUGAGGUACUUGGUCAUGGAUCUGGAUACAUUAAAGGCCUUGGGUAUGGUCCUAAACCUCGAAGCAGACGCAACGGUGCAAAUCACUUCCAAACUCAGCACCUUCCAAAAUGAGUUUCAACAAACAACAAAAAUUACAAGUUUCUGAAACACAAUUUGAUGGCCUCAAAAGUCAAAAUUCAAGUGGAAGAUACUGAAAAAGAGGUGUUUGACUUGAGAAACCAGUUGGCUCAACAAGCUUCCAAAAUGAAGCAACAAGAUUCAAAAAUGGAGAAGAUCAUGGCAUUUAUGGCUACCCAAGGAAUGAAUUUAUAAAUUUUGCUUUUAAUUUAUUGUUCCUAUAUAGUUGGAAGUAUGUUACGGUUUCCGCAUAGGAUUAGAAUGCUCUAAAACUAUUUAGCUAGUCAGUUUUUUUAUUGGUCCCAUCCCCCAGAAUUUACACUACAGAAUCUUGUAAUGUUUUUGUUGUUUUAGCAUUAAGUAGCGGUUAUUAUUUACUAUUUAAUUAACAUUUAUUAAUUCAAACGGUUUAGGGUUUUGGGACAAAUGAUUCGUUACCCUGCCACAAUUACGAAUUGCUU